AUGGAAGAAGGUCUGAUCGCAGCAUGUUCUCAGCUGCGCCUAACUGAAGAUGAACAGGAAACUAUAACCCUGGAAGAUGUUAUUGAUGAUAACGCAGAUGCAAAGGCAGAGUUAUGUUUGGUUGGCAAGUUACUUACGCAGAAGCCAUAUAAUUUGGCUCACAUGAAAAACGCAUUAACAAGCGCUUGGAGGUUGGCAAAAGGAUUUACUAUAAGAGAUAUAGGGGAUGAGCUUUUUGUUCUUGAAUUUUAUUCAAAAGUGGACAGGAACAGGAUCCUUCGUGAGGGACCUUGGAACUUCGACAAACAGUUGAUUCUUCUUGAACCAAUGUCCGGGAAUAUGCAACCUAACAAUAUGAUCCUAAAACACUGCUUAGUAUGGGUGAGAAUAUAUAACCUACCGAUGAACUGUCGUGGUAUGGCUGCCAUCACUAAGAUAGGAUCAAAGAUAGGGAGAAUUGUGGAGGUGGAUGGUGAAAGUGGUGAGUGUAAUAGAUAUGGUCGUGUUAGGGUCAAUCUGGAUGUGUCAAGGCCAAUUUAUAGAGGGACGAAGGUGAUAAAUCCGCUGGGUGAACAAUGCUGGAUUCCGUUCAAAUAUGAAAGGGUCCAGAAUUUUUGCUAUUGGUGUGGAAUGCUGGAUCAUCUUGUCGCGGAGUGUGAGGAGAAACCAAAAGAGACGGAGGUCUCAGAUUGGCCAUAUGGACCAGGUCUACGCGCUACUCCCCGGAAAAGGAGCUUGAUGGGAAACAGGUAUGUCCCUAAGACAACAUACAAGGAUCAGGAUGGCCAAACAACAUCGGGCUCUCAGUCUGAUAAUGCUGAGAAAUCAAGAGCUGCUAAAAGAAGUCUUAACCUUAAUGACAACUUAGAGGCUGCUAGUGAUGCUAGAGAGAACACUGGUCCACAGCAGGUUGUUGCUCGGGUUAAUGGGGAUACUAGCGAAAACAAUACAACAGCUAUUGGAGCUACAGAUCGAUUAGAUGUGGAUGGCCUUGUGGAAGUUUGCAUUCAACAAGUUCAGCCAGGUGAAGGUAAAAAGAGGGAAGUAAUGGGCAGUGCAAAACCAUUCGAAAGGGUGUAA